CACUUUAUUAUUCACCGUGAAUGUAAAGGAACAGCUUCCGGAACAGUUUACAUUGUUUACUAUUAAAGUAAAGAGCCGCAAAGUCAAUCCACAACAGUCAGUGCCGGCACUUUGGGAAACGAACUGAGUAGUCAAGCGGAUUGGAGUCUGGAAAGUGGACUGGAGGCAGUGGAUGAGUGGAGUCACUUCUUAGAGCUUAGGAGCCUCAGGCUUCCACAGAUUUCUCCAUGCAAUAACACAUUGGAAACCUAUAGCCUGAACAAGAAAUUCCUCAUGUGUAUCAUUUUCUUUAAGUUUGAUCCCCGACCUGUAUCCAAGAGUGCAUACAGGCUUAUUCUGGCAGCCAAUCGAGAUGAAUUUUAUCAUCGACCUGCAAAACCAGCUGAUUUCUGGGGAAACAAUAAUGAAAUCCUUAGCGGUUUGGACAUGGAGUCAGGUAAAGAAGGAGGCACUUGGCUUGGGAUCAGUAAAAGGGGAAAGUUUGCAGCUUUGACAAACUACCUGCAGCCCAAAAUUGACAUUCAUGCCAAGGGCAGAGGUGCCCUGGUGGCCAACUUCUUAACAUCAGAUCUUGACAGCUUUUCAUACCUUAAGAACAUUUCUGCAGAGAGUCACCUUUAUAAUGCCUUUAACUUGGUUGCAGCAGAUUUUAACAACACGAAGGAGGAUGUUAUUUAUUAUUAUGGAUCGAAAGGAGAGCGAGAUCCUGUCCUCUUGAAGCCUGGUGUAUAUGGUCUGAGCUGCAGUCUGCUUGAUACACCAUGGAAAAAGCUCCAGCAUGGGAAGAAUCUUUUUGCUGACAUCAUCAAAAAGAGCCACGACAUUGCCAAAGAGGACCUAGUACAGGAGCUCAUUAAAGUGAUGAAUAAUGAAGAGCCCCAAUUACCAGAUCCUGCUAUAGAAGACCAAGGAAAGGAGUUUGUUCGACCUAUCCUAAGCAGCUACUCAGCAGUUUGUGUACGCUGCCCUGGAUAUGGGACAAGGACAAACACAAUAGUUCUGAUUGAUGGAGAAGGACAUGUGACAUUUACAGAACGUACAAUGCAAAACUGCGACAUCACUCAGUGGAAAACCAGCACUUAUCAGUUCAAACUUCAGGAUUAGCAAAAAGGAGGGUCCUCCGUUACCUAAGGGAAAAUGCACAUACACAAUGCAAUGAACUCCAAAAAAUGUUUGAAGCCUAAACACCUAGGGUUAAGGCAGACAGAAUUACUGAUGGAUUUAAUCAACCAGCACAAAGAACCAAAACAAAAUUGUUUUUAAUAUCAGCUAAAACUGCAAUGAAAAUAAUCUGCCAACAGAAUUUUUAAUUUGUAUUCCUGUGCUAUGGAUUUUAUUGCAUUUUCUUCUAGUAGAGAACCAAUUUGUUUAAUUAGUUUGGCAGAUUACUUCUAGGAAUUGUGACUCCCUAUAUUUUUUGGACGAUUUAGUGUAAUGUCUCUACUCCUGGAAUGUGCACUUCCAGUGUGUAUUUGAUUAAUAUCUUGUUUUUAAAGCAACAUUAUAGUGCAAACAUUACAUGCUCAAAUGUGUUAGAGCAUGUAAUUUUAGCACUAGUGAUCCUGCAAUACUAUUUAUUUAACUGCCAGGAGUGGUUAAACACAUAGUCAAAUUAGAGCAUGUAAUUUUGCUCUAUAAUGUCCAUUUAAGGGCAAAUUACCAUAUAAGGCUCAAUGUUAAAGGGUAACAUUUUAAGAAACUUCUCCCACACUUCUUAGAUGACAUUCAUGCUUGUAUUUUAAAACCUUACACUAUAAAGUUCCUUCCACUUUCCCAAGCAGUAUAUCCCUGCUUCUCCUUCUUUCUUCAUUAGUUUUUCCCCUAAACCUUCCUUUAUCUCCACUUUCUUGCACCACUAACAGAAAUAAUUACAUGCAUUUGGACAUCAUUUGUAAUUACUGCAGCUGUCCAAUAGAGGGUACACAUAUGCUUGAUAAUAUGCAAGGAAAAUGAAACCCGUUUUCAAUCAAAUAUGCCUCAUAUUAAACUGAAUAGAACAAAAGAUUUUUUGUGCUGAACAUAACAAAACACAGCUAACAAAGAUAACCAAUUUAUAGCUCAAUGUGUGUAUAAUAGAGAAGCACAAAUUAGCACAUUACUAAGAAGUUGAUUUCCUAUAAAAUUGCUAUUACAUUAUAUACCCCAACUGAAGCACCACAUAAUACCUGGCCCAUGUAGUACAUGUAUUUUGCAUAUAUUGACGCAGGUUACAGCACAAUUAUUCAGGGGUUUGCUAGUCCUUGUGUUUAGCCAUUUUGUAUGCUUUUUGAAAAGGCAUUCAGCACUGUAAAGAGAUAACAGAGGAAAUAUAUACACAGCUCUUUUUGAGGAAAAUUGUGGCUUUUACAUAUUUAAAUCUGAUCUGCAUUUGUUUCCUAUUUGUAUAGAAAGCUUCACAUGUGUGUACAACUGUCAUUCUCUCAUUCAGUAUUAUUGUGACACAUUGUGUAACCAAUGUAGUUUAUUAAUGAUGUUGUUAAUGUACAGAAAAUAAUGAACCCUCAUAUAUGUCAUGUAAGCCUCAAUACCUAACAAGGACAUUCUCAAGUUCACAGCAGAACAUUGCUAUGAAUUCUCUGUGGAUUUAUUUUCCUAUAACAGACAUGAACAUUCUGUGGGGUCAAUUUAUCAAGAUCUGUACUGAGCUUGAUGCCCCGUGUUUCUGACGAGCCUGAAACAGAAGUUAUGAAGCAGCGGUGCUCCAUAACCUGUCCGCCUGCUCUGUGGCGGCGGACAGAAAUCAACCCAAUCGAAUACAAUUGGGUUGAUUGACACCCCCUGCUAGUGGCCGUGAAUCUGCAGGGGGCGGCAUUGCACCAGCAGUUCACAAGAACUGCUGGUGCAAUGAUCGAUGUGCAGCGGACAUGAUACGCUACAUUGUAUAAUGUCCACUCGCACAUUAAUAAAUUGACCCCUGUGUGUUUGCUCAUUCACUAAUUGCUGCUGCAAUGUGUAAGGUGUGUGUGUGUGUGACAAGACACUGCUCUCUGCUUUAGGUUCGUUCUGAAUUGUAUCCCGCAUAGCAUAAUCUCACAAAGAUGCGGCCCGUUAUCAGUCGAGAACAAAAAGAAUCAAUUGCCUCAGUCACUGAUUUUAUUAUUUAAUAAUAUAUUUAAAAUGUUUUAUAUAAACUAUGAAAUAAAACUGCAAACACUGUUGAAUUAUAUCGCUGAUCAAGGUUUAAUAAUCAAGCUUGAUGUGGAAUUCAAAUGCAAAUAAGACUUUUUAUGGAACUGUACUCAGCUAUUUUGUUGUUGUUGUUUGUCUUAAGACAGACAUCUCAAAGUUUUCUUAUUUUAUUGAACAGGUAAGAGGUUAUUUCCAUAGCAAAUACAGUGACGCAGGACCAGAACUAGAAAGCACAAGCAUUACUUUCAGACAGUGUUGUUAGGUCCAGAAAUUUAACGCGAUCGCUCAGAAUUAUGCAGAAGAUGGAAACAUUUGUAGAACAAUGUUUAUCAACUCCAUUACUGUACUUUAAAGGGACAUUAAACACUUAGAUUUUGACUGUUUAGUUAUGUGUAAUAAAACAUCUUUGCAAUAUA